AUGCAGCCCCCUGCCCGUUCAGUGCUUGAUGUUUGGUUGAUGAUCGAGACAAGCCCCCAGUACUCCGUAACGUUGAGUGCAGAUUUUGGUCCUUGUUGUUGGCGGUUUCUGAGGGAUCAAAUACAGGCGGCCACGCAGCCUAACCGUUUGAGGCCCUGGUUUGAAGCCGAUGUUCGAUUGAAACCACCCAAAGGCAGGCAAGGCUCCUCCAUCGAGACUGCCUCAGAAACCCCUCAAGAGGAGGACAAGAACGCUAUCGCCGUUGCACCCAUUGGUGAGGAGGAAAAACCUGAAGUAUCGUCACAGCGAUCUUCACCAACCUCCAUAGUAGCGGCGAUCAAUUUUGGAGAUGACACUCAAGAAGACCCAGCUGCCGAGAACCUGGCCGCAGUAGCCGGACUUCGACCCAGGAGGCAGAAACUGACAGAGACACUGUUACCGUCGCAUGAUGAGGAUGGCAACAUGCAGCUCCCAGAAGAGAAGCCAAAGAAAAAAAAGAGUAGGAGGAACCGGAAGAAGAUGAAGAGCAAGCCCAUGAUCAGUGAGGAUGAGUCGGAGGCAUCCGCUGUGCCAGUCCCUCGGAAAAUCCACGAGCUAAACAGCCAAUCCAACCCCAGUGAGAGCGAAGGCACAUAUGUCCGUAUACACAAGCCACCUCGUCUCUGGCUGACAAAGGCAGAACUGGCCAAGCACACUGAGAAGGUCAAUGAUGACGAGGACGUUGUCUGGAGGACAAGCUAUUUAGAGGUCAACUCAACAAGAGGGCCUGUAAUGGGGUCUGUACCGUGCCCUAAGCGUACUUGGCGUCCUCAAGUCCAUAGCCCAUUCUUUCAUCAGGCCACCUCACAUUUGGAGGUGUGUAAAGUCACCUGGUCGAUAGAGACUGAUCUCCUUGCCGCUCUGUUCUCUGCUGCUGCUCUGUCUUGGGGACUGGCUACUGUAGCCAGUGCAGUGACUCCCCCUCACACUGACUAUGGAGGAUCGGCUGUGAAAAUACACUGUCUGGUCGGUAGGAAACUCUGGUUUAUAAUCCGGAAGAGGGAUGAGCCUAGCGAAGCCAUGAGUUGGGAUACAUUCAUUCAUGACUUCCAGGCCGAUAGCAAGGUUGACCCAAAUGUGUAUGAAUGUGAAGUGAUAAUUGUCGAGCCAGGCUCUCUUUGGUGA